AUGGAAAAUUUUCGAUGUACUGAAUUUCUCACCGAGUCACCGUCAACAUCUUCGGCACCGGCAAGAUUUGGGGGAAUUGUCGCAACGACAACAGCACCAACCGCUUCUGCACCAUCAAUAACACGAAGUAUCAAUUCCGCAUCAACAUCAGCACCAUCAUCGCGACAACAACAACAACAACAAUCACAACUUCGUCGUCGUGCAACUAAAAGUGAUAUAGGUCUUCGGCAAUCAUCACCGAACGAUGUUAUGAAAUUGCUUCUUGGGCAGAUACCGGUGAACAGGAAGAGGUCAACAACGGAUCGUUUGAAUGUCGCUCAAUGGCCAAGUGUUCUUCCUCUAGCAGAUAAAACUGUUCAUUGCGAUGACCGUUGCUUAGAAAGUAUGUUCAAGGCACAAAGUAUGAAGCCGAUGCAUGGAAAUUGUUUUCUAAGUGUUCAAAUGGAUGUAACAGCACAUCAUCGGCAGCAAGUGGUUGAAUGGAUCUAUGAUGUAUGUAAAGAGGAAUACUGUGAACCCGAUGUUUUCUUACUAGCAGUUUCAUUAGUGGAUCGUUUUCUAAGUGUUCAGUCGUUUCAUCGUAACAAUUUGCAAGCAUUAGCCGGUGCAUGUUUAUUUGUAUCAAGUAAAGUGAAAGCACCACAACCGUUGAAUGCUGAAAGAAUUGCUUACUACACGGAUGGUGCAGUACGUAUGGAUCAAAUUUUGCAAGGAGAGUUGCUGGUGUUAAAUAAAUUAAAUUGGGAUGUUUCAACAUCGACAGCACUCGAUUUUCUCGAUCAGGUUGCAGCUCGAUAUAGUGCUCUACAUCCGUUAUCAGAGGAUAGCCGCAUUGCAGCACAUCGGAUACAAAUGGGUAAGUUCAUUUGA